AUGUCAUUUAAUUAUAGGCAUAUUUCGAAAGCAGGUACCCGUAUCCUUGAUAGAGUAAAUAAUCCAGUAGAUAAAUAUGCCAAAUCUAAAGAGGCUCAAAGACUGCAAUCAUUGCCUGAAUUUAUGAGACCAGAUUUACCCAUUGUAGACGAAGCCAAGAGAUUCAAAACUGAACAAGAUUGGAAAUUCUUACCUGGUGAUAGAGUAGUCAUUGUCAAUGGUGAGCAUAAAGGUAAUAUUUGUGUUAUCAAAGGUAGAGAUGAACACACCAAUGGUUAUCUUUUAGAUGAAAAUGGUCCUAGUAAACAAGUUGUUGUUCCAAAGGAAUAUUGGCAAGAGGGACAAACCUCUCAUGUGGUGGAUAUUCCAAAAGCAAUGAGACAAUGCGAUUUACGAUUAGUCGCUGAUGUUGAAGAUGAAUCUGAUCCAAGCAAACUUAAAACAGUUGCCAUACAGAAUAUUGUUUUUAAGGGUAAAUACUAUGAUGAAGACUAUAAAAAAGUUUUACCAUACAGAUGUGUUUUUGGUCAAACAGAUUUAGUUAUCCCAUGGCCAAGACCUGAACCAAUUGAGGAUGGAAGUUUAGCAACGGCACCAGAAGUCACUAGAGAACAAACUUUUUGGGUGGAUAGUGUAGUUAGAAAUUCUAUUCCAAAUAAUGCAUUCUUGACAAUACGGAAUCCAAAAUCUAAAUAUAGACGCGGUAAGAUUACUGCUAACGAUUUGAAAUAUUUAGUUAAACCAAAGAUGCCAAUGACUGAAUCUGAGAAAGUUGCAUUAUCUAUGAAAGAUCAGUUAAUGAAUGUUGAGAGACCUAAAUUGACAGAGGAAGAUAAGAUACUGAUUAGUGAAAGGGUUAAGAAUUUCCUUGAAAGUCAACAAAAGAAAUAA